UGUACUGCUACAUUGUUGGGCUCUAGCUUUUUUUCUCUUUUCUUUCAUUAAUUUUCUUCCCAUUUCAUACACAUCUAUCCAUCUUUAUCCCAAAGUUGCAUAGUUUCUUCAGCUAGCACAUCCACCAUGAAGGGAAGGUUCAUGUUUCUGUUGGUGCUCCUCUGUGCAUCUUUUCAUGUCUCCCUCUCCUUUAAGGACGGACUGGUGGCAAAUGGAGACUUUGAGCUUGGGCCAAAGCCAUCGGACUUGAAAGGCACGGUGGUGAUCGGCGGGAAGAGCGCCAUACCGGAGUGGGAGAUCUCCGGCUUCGUUGAAUACAUAAAAUCAGGCCAAAAACAAGGUGACAUGCUACUGGUAGUUCCAGAGGGUGCUUAUGCUGUGAGGCUGGGGAACGAGGCUUCCAUUAAACAAAGAAUAAAGGUGAUUAAGGGAAUGUACUACUCAAUCACACUUUCGGUGGCUCGCACGUGCGCGCAGGAGGAGCGAAUCAAUGUGUCUGUGGCUCCAGACUUUGGAGUGAUACCGAUUCAAACAUUGUACACGAGCAGUGGUUGGGAUUCAAUUGCUUAUGGAUUCAAAGCAGAGUUUGAUGUGGUGGAGAUGGUUGUUCAUAACCCUGGUGUGGAAGAGGAUCCAGCUUGUGGCCCCUUAGUUGAUUCUGUUGCCCUCAGAACUCUUUACCCUCCUAGGCCUACUAACAAGAACCUAUUAAAGAAUGGCGGUUUUGAAGAAGGACCAUAUGUGUUUCCCAACUCAUCAUGGGGAGUUCUCAUCCCACCCAUGUUAGAAGACGACCACUCUCCCUUACCAGGUUGGAUGGUGGAGUCCCUCAAGGCAGUGAAAUACAUAGACUCGCCCCAUUUCUCAGUCCCAGAAGGGACUCGAGCCGUGGAGCUAGUAGCCGGAAAAGAAAGCGCCAUCGCGCAAGUCGCGAGAACCGUUCCCGGCAAAACCUACGUCCUCUCGUUCUCCGUGGGAGACGCCAACAACUCUUGUGAAGGCUCCAUGAUCGUGGAAGCCUUCGCCGGCAGGGACACGGUGAAAGUGCCUUACCAGUCCAAAGGCAAAGGCGGGUUCAAGCGCGCGGCGCUUAGGUUUGUGGCGGUUUCGCCAAGAACACGAGUGAUGUUCCUCAGCACUUUUUAUACCAUGAGGAGUGAUGACUUCUCUUCGCUGUGUGGACCUGUGGUUGAUGAUGUCAAGUUACUGAGCCUGCGUAAACCAUAAUCGGAUUCUUAUAAUUAAUUAUUGGGUCUAAUGUUGUGAGGAUAGUGAAUCAAAAUAAGAAUGUUCUUUUUUUCCUUUUUCAUUUAACCUUUUUUAAGACGCGAGAGGUGCUAAUUAUAUGUAUGAGUUUCAUUCUACUAUGAAUAUGAGUGUGUAAAUUAGAUGAUGUUAGUAUAUAUAGACGUAUACUAUACAAAUAGCGUGUUUCUAUUAAUCCUUUCAUGUAUUUUGCACAAAUAAAUGAUGGAAAAAGAAAUAUUAGAUUUCA